AUGGCGGACAAAAAGUGCGAGGGCAAUAAAGCGUGUGAAGUCUCAAAAAUAUUUGAAAAUUUUGGGAGAUACCAAAUAAUACAGUACUCAUUGAUAUGUUUUCCUGCAAUGUUCGUCACUAUGAUCAAUAUUAAUUACAUAUUUGCUGCUGGAGAUAUCAAUUAUAGAUGUCGAGUGGCCGAGUGUGAAGAACAGAAUUCAAGUUUCUACCCAGCCUGGUGGCCAAACCAAACCAUAGACCGGUGUUCUUCCCCUGUGCUGCUAGAAGACCAUACUCAACCAUAUUGCACCAACCAAAGCUUUAGUGAGGAGCUGAAAACCUGCACUGAAUGGAUUUAUGAGUCAAAUAAUACUAUUAUUGCAGAGCUAAAUCUGGCCUGUCAACCAUGGAAGAUAAACCUGAUUGGAACCAUUCACAGUACUGGAAUGCUAGUCUCCAUGCUAAUCUCAGGUUGGAUGUCAGAUAGGUUCGGUCGUAAGCCAACGUUCAUAUUCUGCGUGUGCUGUGGCUGCAUUGGCCUCAUCAAAACCUUCGUGACCUCCUACUAUGUGUACGUCGUCAUCGAGUUCUUGGAGGCAUCUGUCACAGGAGGUUCCUAUGCUGCUGCUAUGGUCAUAAUGGUUGAGAUAGCAAGCGCCAGACACAGGUUAUUAUCAGGAGUAAUUUUCUCAUACGCUGUCUACCUCGGCGAAUGCUUGUUUGCUGUCAUCGCUAUGUUCGUGCCCUACUGGAAGACAUUACUCCGCAUCAUCAACGGACCUCUCAUCUUCUUCCUCUCGUACAUGUUCAUUAUCCACGAAAGCCCAAGAUGGCAAAUUGUUAACGGAAGAAUAGACAAAGCAAAGGAAUCAAUCAGAAAAAUUGCCAAAAUGAACAAAAUAAAUAUCGACUAUGAAGAACUGGAUACUAUAACUGACGUGGAUUUAAAAUAUAAGUUCGAUAUAGCUGAAAAUCAAGUUAAAGAGAGUUAUGGUGAAAUUUUCAAGUCUAAAGUGAUUUUAAAGAGGUUGUUAGUGGUAGGGAUGUGUCGGUUUACAUCAAGUUUCGUGUACUAUGGGUUGAUGAUCAACUCUGUGUGGUUGCCGGGUGAUAAGUAUGUGAACUUUUUACUGUCGACCGUGAUGUCGUUCCCCGGGGAGAUCAUUAGUUUAUAUCUUAUGAACAAGUACGGGAGGAAAAUACCGUUGAUGGCGGGAUACUUCAUCAGUGGGACAGUUUGUGUCAUCUCCGCCUUGGUGCCUGAUAGAUACUUAUGGGCGAAGAUCACGUUAUUCCUGUUGGGUAAAGUGGUCAUCUCAGCGUGUUUUACUGGAGCCAUCACCUACACCAUGGAACUCUUCCCCACGAGUGUGAGGGGCACACUCCUCGGGUUGGGAUCCUUCGCGUCCAGGCUCGGUGGCAUGCUGGCACCUUUGUCGCCAAUACUGAACACAAUAUCGACGGCGUUACCAUUCACAUUUUUUGGAUGUUCAGCGAUCAUAACCUCUUUGUCACUCUUCCUCACUCCUGAGACAAAGAACACACCUCUCUACGACACCAUCAAACAAGUCGAGGAAAGCGAGAGAAGAAGAAAAGAGAAUAAUACAGAGAAAGUUGUAGAACGAUCUAUGGACACUAUUAGCAGUCAUAUUUAA